ACAAAUUCAAACCCUAAAUCCCGCAGUAUCUUCCCAAACACAACCUAUCCGCCAAAACCCUUCUCUCUCUCUUUGACUCCAGUUCCGGUUCAGUGAAAUCGCCGACUUCUUCUUCUCUCGUCUUUCAUUUUUUCUUUUGGUUUCGGAAGGAUAGACGAUUAUAUAUAGUCUUCUUUUCCGUGGGGUUCCACAACUGAAAGAUAAUAUCAAAAUGGCAUCGAGAACGGUUGCUAAAGACCUAAUCACUCUUAGAGGCUCUGCUGCGAUUGUGAGCGAAUUUUUUGGUUACGCUGCAAACAGUAUUCUUUAUAACCGCGGAGUCUAUCCAGAAGAAAGCUUUGUGAAGUUGAAGAAAUAUGGGCUUCCCAUGUUGCUUACUCAAGAUGAGGGUGUCAAAUCUUUCAUUGCCAACCUGAACGCUCAGUUGUCUGAGUGGCUGGAAGAGGGGAAGCUGCAGAGGAUUGUUCUUGUGAUAAUGAGCAAAGGAACCAAUGAGGUUCUGGAGAGGUGGAACUUCAGCAUUGAGACGGAUGGAGAGGUUGUCGAGAAGGGUGUGUCAAGGGAGAAGAGUGACAAAGAAAUUAUGAGAGAGAUACAAGCAAUCAUGCGACAAAUUGCUUCAAGCAUUACUUACUUGCCAUGCCUUGAUGAACCUUGUGUAUUUGAUGUGCUAGCAUACACUGAUAAAGAUGUUGCAGUUCCAUUCACUUGGAUUGAGAGUGACCCGAAACUGAUUGCGAAUCCACAAAUGGUGAAGUUGCAUUCUUUUGAUACCAAGAUCCACAAGGUUGACACUCUUGUAUCCUACAAGAAUGAUGAAUGGGAUGAGGAGUAAGGUUGACAUUUCUUCCAGCGGCCUGCGUUUCUCUUCGACUAGAGCAAAGAUUGUGAAUCUUUUUAUUCACAUUUUGUAUGAUUUCACUGACUCUGAUUGAUGUGUUUCUGUGAGAACAAAUCUGCGUAUUUUCAAGUGUCCAUAAAUAUCUACUAAUCUUUCAGCUUUUGUGCUC